GGAGCUUUACGAUUCAACUAUUUGAUCUUUCGAGAUCUGGAGCUAUAUAAAAGGAGCAGGAGCCGUUGGUUUUGCAGUACUCGGUUUACAGGUUAGCAUCAGCAUUUGGUUUUACUGGAUAGGACGUUGGACUAAGCUGAAAUUUGUAACAGCGCCGAUCGUCACAUGCCCACGGAUAAAUUAUAGUCCGGAACCAGUGUAUAUCUACUAUCUUCUGCUAUGAGCUUCAGCAACAAAUCAACUGCAUCCACGCAACCUUACGUGUCUCAAAAGGAAGACUCAUCAUUUUCGUCAGAAUCCGAUCUUUCGGAGCUGCGCAAAAGAGCUACCAAGUCGAAUAAGAAAUCGAUGUUCCGAUUCAGAAACAUUUUCCAGAAAGAUGAAGACAGACCCACGCCCCCUGAGGUCUAUAACUAUCGUGUUUAUGGCACGGCACUCAUGGCAUCAGCUGCUGCCAUCAUUAUUGGCUACGACGGAGGGUUUAUAGGAGGAACGGUGGCUCUAGACUCGUUCAAAGACGAGUUCGGCCUCGAUGGCCUGCCCCAUUCCAAAUUCAUUGUAUCCAACAUCAUUUCGGUAUUCCAUGCUGGCUGUUUUUUCGGUGCACUUUUCUCGUAUCCCUGCUCCUACUACUGGGGUAGACGUAUUUCCUUGAUCAUGGCUGCUUUGUUAAUCACUGUAGGCUCGGGCAUCAUGUUGGCUGCUAGUAAAUCAGUAGGCUUGGGUCCCAUUUACGCCGGCAGAGUUUUGGCAGGAAUCGCAGUUGGAUUUUCCACGAAUUUGACAGUAGUGUACAUCUCUGAAGUGGCUCCUCCAGCUAUAAGAGGCCAACUUACGAGUAGUUACGAAAUCGGCUGGAGAAUCGGUGACUUGGUUGGAUUCUGGAUAGCCUACGCUGUCGACUCACACAUCGCUCCAACUAAAAAGCAAUGGUUUAUUCCAUUUGCAGUCCAGAUGAUUCCAAGUGGUUUGUUCUUAAUUGGCAGUAUUCUCAUGAAGGAAUCCCCCAGAUGGCUCUUCCAAGUAGGCAGAUACGACGAGGCCAUAAAGAAUUUGGUGUGGUUUAGAAACUUACCUGAGGACCACGAAUAUAUUAUCUAUGAAGUCAACCAGGUCAAGGAGUCCAUCAACUAUCAGAAAGAACACGUUGGUUUAGGCAUUUGGGAUCCCUUUGUCGAAGUGUUCUUCAGAAACAGAAAGGUAUUGCAGAGAUUGUGCAUUACUUGUGGCUUAUUUUUGUUCCAAAACUUCUUGGGUAUCCAGUCCAUUAACUACUACUCGCCGAUUAUUUUCGCUGGUCUUGGUGUCAAAGGUACUAAUGCCACCUUGUUUUCUACUGGUAUGUUUGGCGUGGUCAAGUUCAUCUGUACAUUCAUCUACAUCAUAUUUAUUGUCGACACCAUCGGCAGAAGAAAAGCCUUCAUGAGCUCGUCUGCUUUGUGUUCAGUUUGUUUCUGGUACAUUGGCUCCUACUUGAAGAUUAACGAUCCUACAAAACCCGGUAACCUGGCAGGACCAGGUGGUAAAGCCGCCAUAGGAUUUAUGUAUAUUUGGAUCGCAUCGUUUAUUUUGGCUUGGUCCGGUGGACCCUUUGUUGUUGGUAGUGAAGUUUUUGAUCAAAACAUCAGAUCCUUCGUCCAAGCUAUUAAUGCUGCUGUUUCGUGGGUGCCUAUUUUUAUAAUGUCGAGAUUUACUAAUAACAUGAUCGACAAAAUGCAAUAUGGUAUCUACUUCUUCUUUGCCAGUUUGGCGAUCUUGUCCAUUCCAUUUGUCUUCUUCUUCGUUCCGGAAACUAAGGGUAUCGCCUUGGAAGACAUGGACAAGUUAUUCGAUUCUAGCUUAAGUGCACAUGCCGCUCAUAAAUUUGUCUUGAAUAACGCUAGACUCGAAACGGAAGCGAAGUUGAGCGACAGGGAUCUUUUCAAGGUGGACACUAACAAGUCAGUGGGCAUUGAAAAGAUAGAAAAUAUUGACGACUCUAUUUUGGUGCCUAACAAGGUUUAAUCGAAAUAAUAAUCAGGAGAAAUCUUGAGAACAUACAAAAACAGAUAGCUGUAAAGUAAGUAUAGCUUAUAGUGAAGUUUGAAUCUAAUAAUAUACAAAGACUACUAC